AGCUUCUUUAUUUCCUCUGAACUUGUUGAAGAGCUUCUUCUCCGUGUUUGUGGUUCUGAGCUGGACCGCGGACCUGGACCCGGACUCCAGCGGGAGUCAGUGAAGCUGUCAUGGGCCGUGGCUCCACAGGAGACCGGCUCGUACUGCAGUAGAGUCCGGACAGAGUGAGGUGCUCCGGGGCCUGAGGCUCCGCUCAGAGCCGCCGCAGAGCUGCCCCCGGAGCCCGCAGAGAAGCGGUGAUGUUAGCGGUGGGUCAGAUGGACGGGUCCCGACAGAGCGCCUUCCUCCUCAGCACGCCGCCUCUGGCUGCUCUGCACAGCAUGACCGAGAUGAAGACCCCGCUCUACCCGGCGUACCCGCUCUCCUCCAGCGGCCCCAACUGCUCUACCUCCCCGGCCACCACCUCCCCCAACCCGGGCGGCAUGGCCGUGUCUUCCCCGGGCAUCAAGAGCUCCACGGGUCUGUCCUCGGGGCUCGGUUCUCCGCAGCAGAGUUCCUCCGCCACCCCGCACGGAAUUAACGACAUCCUGAACCGGCCCAUCGCUUGCGCCACCACAGCCACGGUGGCCGCGGCCGCCGCCGCCGCCGCCUCCUCCUCAGCGGGGCUCCUGUCCGGGCUGCCCCGCUUCAGCAGCCUCAGUCCGCCGCCACCGCCGCCCGGACUCUACUUCAGCCCCAGCGCCGCCGCCGCCGCCGUGGCCGUUGCCCGGUACCCGAAGCCUCUGGCGGAGCUGCCGGGAAGGACGCCCAUCUUCUGGCCCGGGGUGAUGCAGAGUCCGCACUGGAGGGACGCGAGGUUCCAGUGUUCGCCCCAUCAAAAUUCCGUGUUACUGGACAAAGACGGGAAGAGGAAACACACCAGGCCCACGUUCUCCGGACAACAGAUCUUUGCUCUGGAGAAAACUUUCGAACAAACCAAGUACUUGGCGGGUCCAGAGAGAGCGAGACUGGCUUAUUCACUGGGAAUGACCGAGAGCCAGGUCAAGGUGUGGUUCCAGAACAGGAGGACCAAGUGGAGGAAGAAGCACGCGGCAGAAAUGGCCACAGCCAAGAAGAAGCAGGACUCUGAGACGGAGCGCCUGAAGGGGACGUCAGAGAACGAGGAAGAGGACGACGACUACAACAAACCCCUGGACCCGAACUCUGAUGAUGAGAAGAUCACACAGCUGCUGAAGAAGCACAAACCCGCCCCAGGUCCCGGUCAGUGUCAGGGUCCCAGUCUGGUUCCGGGUCUUCUGCUCCACACGUCGGAGAUCGACAGUUCGUAACUGAAUCUUCCACGCGGGGGACGCUAUGCUGUGAGCAGGACAAGUGUGCUGGACCGAGGACAUGAGGACAGAAGGACAUGAGGACAGAAGCAGGGGUGUUACAACAGGGAACACUAAGCUAACCCAGGGCCCCCCCCCCCAGACUGAAAGGGCCCCCCCAACAUGACUAGUUCAAAUAAUCGUAAAUGAUUAUUCAGGCUCUUCUCAUUCAGUUUUCAUUCAAUUUCAUUCUAAAAGUGAAGCAUGAUCAUUUAUAUCGGAAAGUCAACGUUAUCGUGAACCAGGAGGCCGAAAAUCUGGGGUCACAUGACCUUUCUAAAUCCCCAAAAACAUGGCGGACAUUAAUGCGAUUCUCAGCUUUAAAAAUGUUCCAUUUUAAAACACUGUUAGCUUAAGUUUGAAGGUGAAUUUACUCACAAUCUUUACUUGUAUUACUUUUAAACGCCGUUCAUUCAGAAUUAUUUUUUACUACUUAAUCGUCAAGUUGUUUCACGAUUGUGCAGACACAUCUAUUCGUUUGAUAUUGAACGAACCGUGAAUAAGAAUAACUUGGUUUUAUUAGAAUCCCCUUCAAUUUAGCUCAAAAUAAGAAACAGAGGCUGGAAAAACUGCAACAUCUGACCCGAGAUGAGAGUCUGUGUUUGCAACUCUUUUACGUUGAAUUUUAAUUCAUGAUUGGCCUCCAGAUUCCCUUUUCACUUGGGGGACCCCCAGUUCCUUUGAAACGCCCCUGGACAGAAGGACAUGAGGACUGAAAGUCAUGAAGACCGAAGGACAUGAGGACAGAUUGUCUCGUGUAAAAAAAAGCAGUGAAAAGAGAGAGAGAGAAACACUCCAGUGAAUUAUUUGUGUGUAAAAACUGUUUUUGUACAGAUUCAGAAUUUUUCUAUUGGACGGAACAAAAAAACUGCUCCUGCGGUCCGUGAACGCCUCAUCACUCAGUGCUCACACACCAGGAGGAGAAAGAGGAGGAGGAGGCCGUGAACGCAUCACCUGUACAUAUCUACACGCACACACACACAGACAGCGCGUGAGGUUUUAUUUAUGUGUUUUUGGCGGGUUCAUGUAUGACGCACUUUUAUUUAAUAAAAACUCAAAGGUUUGAUUGA